GUUCAUUCUCUCUGUGUUUGUUUCUGGCCUGGUUUCUUGUUCUUAAUAACUUAUCCAGGUCUUAACAAGCUCCAAUUCCUUUUCCAAUUUCCUCUCACAUUCUCUCUUUUUUCCUUCAAUUCUGUUACAUUUUCUUCAACAAUGAACGAUCUUCUAACGGAGUCGUUUGAUAUCCACCGUGGCCAAGGUCGUGGAGGUGGUGACGUUGAGUUGGGAGACUAUGGAAUGAAUUCAGGAGAGCUUGGCUUGGAAAACUUCUUCAAAAAGGUUCAAGAGCUCGAUAAACAAUAUGCUAAGCUGGAUAACCUUUUGAGAAAGCUCCAGGACGCCCAUGAAGAGUCCAAAGGUGUUACCAAAGCUCCUGCUAUGAAGGGUAUAAAGCAGAGAAUGGAGAAAGAUGUAGAUGAAGUUAAGAAAACUGCACAUUACUUAAAGACCAAGGUUGAAGAGCUGGACAAAGAGAAUUUGGCUAAUAGGCAGAAGCCUGGUUGUGGAAAAGGAUCAGCUGUUGACCGAUCAAGAACAGCAACGACAGUUAACUUGAAAAAGAAACUGAAGGACAAGAUGGCUGAAUUUCAGAUCCUGAGAGAAUCCAUCCAUGAAGAAUAUCGCGAGGUUGUUGAGAGACGAGUAUUUACAGUAACGGGCAAACAAGCUGAUGAGGAGACGAUUGACAGAUUAAUUGAGACUGGAGACAGUGAACAAAUUUUCCAGAAAGCAAUUCAAGAACAAGGACGAGGCCAGAUAAUGGACACUCUCGCAGAAAUCCAUGAACGACACGAAGCAGUCAGAGAUGUUGAGAGGAAACUGCUUGACUUGCAACAGAUAUUUAUGGAUAUUGCAGUGUUAGUUGAUGCACAAGGAGACAUGCUUGACAACAUAGAAUCACAGGUUUCAAGUGCAGUAGAUCAUGUGCAACAAGGAAAUAAUACUCUCCAAAAGGCAAAGAAACUGCAAAGAAACUCAAGAAAAUGGAUGUGUAUAGCCAUCAUGAUACUUCUCAUUUUUGUUAUAAUCAUUGUUGUUUCUGUCAUCAAACCAUGGAUCACCCAACAAGGUGCAUAGUUACUAAUUGGUAACACAUGAUCACACAAGAGCUGAAUGUUAAUAUUCCUAUUCAUAAUUCAUUCAAAUUUGUGAUUAUUGAACUUGAAACAAACAUUGGAACAAAUAUUCAAAUUUGUCUCCUUUGAAAAGAAAGAAUGUACUCAACAAAAUUAAUCAACUUCACUCCAUUCAUUAUA